AUGAAUAAGACGAACGGAUUCGAAUACAUUAUUCCUGAUAAACAGACUGCCAACUUGGGUGUUCAAUUAAAAGAAAAAGAUCAUUUACAAAUCGUCGAAAUUCCUAUUCCAACCCCAGAGAAAGGCGAAGUGCAAGUUCAAGUAAAGUGUACGGGUAUUUGUGGAUCGGAUGUUCACCUUUGGAAACACGGCGAGAUUGGUAUCUUCCCUGUGACCCAACCUCAGCUUUUGGGUCAUGAAAGCGCCGGUAUUGUGACAGCAGUAGGUGAAAAUGUCACAUCGUUAAAGGUUGGAGAUAGAGUUGCUAUUGAAGCUGGUAUUCCAUGCAGUUUGUGUGACCAAUGUAUGAAUGGAAGAUAUCAUCUUUGUCCUGACGUCGUAUUUAAAUCAACGCCUCCAUAUGAUGGUUUAUUAGCAAAAUACAUCACACAUCCUGCUCGUUGGCUGCAUAAAAUCCCAGAUAACCUUAGCUAUGAAGAAGGUGCCUUACUUGAACCAUUAUCUGUUGCGAUUGCUGCUAUUGACAGAGUUCGAGCCAAGUUUGGAAAAUCAUUACUGAUCACAGGCUGUGGGCCUAUUGGUUUACUUGUUCUUGCGGUUGCAGCUGCUACUGGUAUUUAUCCAAUUGGCAUCACGGAUGUACAAGAGAAUCGUCUAGAGUAUGCAAAAAGCAUGGGAGCCACAUUCACAUACAAGGUUACACCUGGUAAAUCUGAAACAGAGACUGUCAAGGAGAUUCGAGAACUCUUUGGUGGAGAAGGUGCAGAGUGUACGGUUGAAUGCACAGGAAUCGAGUCAUCUUUUAGAACUGCUAUCAUGGCAACGCGAGAUGCUGGUACUUGUUGCCUUGUGGGCGUUGGAAAGAAUGAUCAAAGCAUUCCUGUAAAUAAUUUUGCCAUGAGAGAAGUUGAUAUUCGUGGUUUAUUCAGAUAUCAUCAUACUUAUCCUCGUGCAAUUAACUUGAUUGCCAGUGGUACAGUCGAUAUCAAGCAUCUCGUCACUCACAAGUUUGAAUUCAAAGAUGCCCUCAAGGCUUUUGAAACAGCCAGUAAUUAUUCCACUGGUGCCAUCAAGGUCCAGAUUACAAAUUAA